AUCCGUGCACAAUUUUUGUUAUGAAUGACUAGCCUGUGAUAUAUAGAGAAUCGGUGGAGCAGUGGUCGAAUUUGUUUUGGAAACGUUUGCAAAAAACUUUCGUUAAUAUUGUGUGUGUGGCAAGCAAGAACUUUUUUUUAUCAUAUAUAUAAUUUAUGAAUUAGACGUGAUGCCAAAAGUCCGCCGAAGUAAAAAAUCACCCCCAGAAGGUUGGGAGUUGAUCGAGCCAACAUUGGACGAAUUAGAACAAAAAAUGAGAGAGGCGGAAACAGAGUCACAUGAAGGGAAGCGAAAGAACGAAUCUUUAUGGCCUAUUUUCAAAAUCCAUCACCAAAAGUCAAGAUAUAUAUUCGAUUUGUUUUACAGACGAAAAGCCAUUACUAGAGAAUUGUAUGAAUACUGCUUGACAGAGAAUAUCGCUGACAAAAACCUAAUUGCAAAAUGGAAAAAGCAGGGCUAUGAAAACUUGUGUUGUUUAAGGUGUAUACAGACUAGGGACACAAACUUUGGCACCAACUGCAUUUGUAGAGUACCUAAAGGAAAACUUGAAGAAGGAAGAAUUGUGGAAUGCGUCCAUUGUGGCUGCCGGGGAUGCUCUGGUUAAUUCUCUCUGAUACUAAUAACAAAUUAUUUCAAUAUAUAACUACAUUUUUUAGUUUGUUUUUAGUAUUUUAAGAACCUGUAAAUAAACAUCCACAUAAGGCGAAAAAUUUUUAUUGAAAUAAAUAGGUAACAACUUACAAGCUAAAAAUAAUGAUCACAGAAAAAACAACUCGCAAAUGCCCAAAUUUUUGAUAAGGGUUAUUUAUUGCUGAUCUGUGGUAUUUUCCCCAAUUUGUACUUUAAAUUUUUGGAGCCAAAUUUGUCAAAAUGAGAAGAUUCUAUACAAUAUAUUAUUACAGAAAAUAUAAUAUUCUCUUAAGGCAAUUUUUUUUCUGAUACAACUUGUUUGCACAGGAAUUUCGAUUGAUAGCUGAUCUACUCUUUAACAAAAAUCAUACUCCUAGCUAAAAUUUAUAUACUCUAAAGAGGAACUAUUGCUUAUUUAGUAAAAAAAGUUACUCAAGAAUUGGAUUUAAUGCAAAGUCCUAACCCGCUUUUGAUACUGUACAGGUUGACUGUCUUGUUUACAGUAUAAUUUUUGGUCGUCCGCCAUUGAGAAAGCACUCAACCUAUUUCGUUAUAAUAUCUCUGGAAUGUCUAACAAUUGUAUCGAACCAGCUAACGACCUAAUCAAGAAUUAUAACAAGUAAGAGAAAUAAAGCAUAUUCCAGCUUGCGGUUUACAACCUACGAAAAUAGCUAUUUGAAUAAAUUUUACAACCUUGUGGCUAUUUAUUUGUUACAUUUUCACUAGAAGCUUUUUUUGUUAACUAGAUGAAACGUUUCAAGACACUUUGAGAUGAAUUUUAACAAUCAAUUAAAUUUAUUUUGUGAUUUAGAGUUGCAUCCUCAAAUAAUAUUUACACAAUUCAAAAUAUUCCGAAAAGUCGAAUAAGUAACAAACAUUUUUAUUAAAAAUAAAUUAAUUUUCUUGGUAAGAACCAUGAGUAAACAAAACCACAUACCUAAAAUAAGUACCAUUUUUUCCAUGGAAGAUAAACAAAAAUGAUUGAAGAUAUGUAAAUCCAUAGGGUGGUCAAACAGAUCCACGGCUCAGAACGGAUAGAAAAAUAAUGAAAGCAGGUUUGAGAUACUUUACUUUUUAGUGAGAUACUAUACCUUACUUAUCUGGAUUGAUUAAAUAAAAUUAAAUUAAACAUUAACAUUAAAACUCAUGUUUCUCACUCAUGUCUAACAGUAGAAUUAUCUGUUAAUAAGCUUAACGCCACAGCUCGGACCCCCUUUUAGCGAUUUAAUACGUUUUUCAUUAUCUAUACUUUUUGUAAAUGCGUGCAAAACUUAAUUUAUGUAAAUUCCAUCAUAUAGGGUGUAUCGGUUUAUUGUAACCCUUAACAGUCGACAGUACUUUUGAAAUCAACAAAAAAAAGUUCAUAUAUAAAGAUAGGGCAGCAAACCCUUCAAGAUACAGGGUCCAUAACUUAAAUGCAAAAACAAUUAUAAUUAUAAGAAAUGCAAUCUUCAAAAUAUAAUUUCGUUUUAGCUAAAACACUAGCAUAGAUAUAAUGGCAUAAUUCAAACAUUGACAAGGGAAACUUUGUUUUUCAAUUAUUUUAACCAUCCAAAUGUUAAAAAAGCAGCGGCGUAUCACUUUUCUUAUUAAACAAACUGAAUUACUUUCUGGAAGUCUUAAAAGUAAAAUUAUUUUUGCUUGAUUUUAAUUUGACAUCCUUUAGCAUUUGAAAAAUAUUAAAAAAAAAAACAUGUUUAUAUGAACUUUUUUUUCUUGAUUUUAAAAAAUGUGGUUUUCCGCAUUGGAGGCUAAAUUAAUAGGAGUUGCACUGUAUUACCCACUUUUAAUAAAAUAUUUUGGGAUAAGAGUAUUUUUCAGCGAUUUAAUUUUAAACGUACGCAAGAAAAAGCUGCGAUCCACAC